AUGUCCAGUGCUGUGUGCUAUUCCAUGCAAUAUGGAAUAGGCAUUGAUAAUUGUGCAGACGGUGAACACUUUUCCGGCUACAAAUGGUCUUACUUCGCUUCGCUUACCGACAACGCAUUGCGUGCGAGAGUCAUGAGCUUUAUUACGUCAACAAACUGGUAUAUACUCGUUGAUUUUGCGACCCGAUUACGUGACGGAAGAGCGUGCAGACUGUUGUCAGAUAUUGGACUUGGAUAUAACCACGUGGGUUUGGUCGCUCGCUUGCGAAUGCAGCCCUUGACUAGGAAGCAAGCCGAAAGAGAUAUGAUUAAAUACAUUAUUAGCAACGAAUACAACACAAUUCUGCUUAUCAAGCAGGAGACCAAUAUUCUUAUUCCUAACGUUCAUGCUGUUGAACUCGACCCUGAAAGCCCGGUGAAAGCACAAUUUAUGUUAAUAGACUGUUUGAGGGGCAAUAUCGGCAUGGACCUUGGCAUAGAGAUUUCCAAUUAUCGUAAGAGCUAUGUUUUCUCAAAAAUGGCCGAAAUUCAGUGGGCAGUUAAGGUUAAGUUCGGACAAUCCGAGGCAAAGUUGAAAGAAGCGGCGGGCUCGCUAGCUGAUGAGCUAUCCUUUUCCGCGUAUUCCUUCAGGUCCUUAGUUAAGGCCUUUGCGGCUACCCUUCUGUCCAUGAUGAAGGCCCUUUCCGAAGCUGCUUUCGCAGGACCUUGGGAGACUUUUGGCGAGUUUCCUUUAACCUUCUCAAUUAUACCACCUGAUAUGGACGUAGCGUGGGAUUAUGACGAGGAUGGAAAUCCGAAAGACGCAGAAAGCAUACAGAAAUAUGCCGACAGACAUGAAUAUAUCACGGCAGUGAUACAGAAAGAGGAAGAGAUAGGCCUAUCCGAAGGGUAUCGUCUUUCGACCGCACUGCAAGAUUCACGCAGACAGCAUUUAGCCACGACGAUGAGGUUGUUCCAAAGAGGAAAGCCUGGCUGGUAUUCAAAGGUUAUUGAGAAAUUCUCCCCGGCAGCAAUAUGCUGA